AAACUUAAUCCUCGAGUCCAGCCAUACUAUCUCACUGGCUAUCUCAGUAGUAAUCUAUAUCGACUAAUCGAUCUGAAGUCAAAUAAGAUUGUAACUGCGAGAGAUGUGAGAAUACUCGAAGGAGUGUUCAACGAUCAAGCUCACGAUCACGAAUCGCAACUCGAAAUCGAUCGAGAAAUCAAUCAAGAAACUGAUCAAAAUCUCCAUCCGAAGAGAGAUCAGAUGAAGACGUCAAAAAUUGAUCAAAACGUCGAUCAAUCCACCAAUCAAUCC